AUGUCGGUAACAAUACACAUUGAGAAUUUCGGAAAUCUCAAAUUUGAGCUAUAUUGCAAAGAAUCUCCAAAUGCAUGCAAAAAUUUCCUGGCACUAAGUGCGAAGAAUUACUAUACGAAUUCCAAGUUUCAUCGUAAUAUUAAGGGCUUCAUUUUGCAAGGAGGAGAUCCUACAGGAACAGGGAAAGGCGGUGCCUCUAUAUAUGGGUAAUACUUUAAUGAUGAAAUUAACGAAGGCUUGAAACAUGAUAGAAGAGGAAUACUUAGCAUGGCAAAUAGUGGUCCAAAUAAAAAUGGUUCAUAAUUCUUCAUUACUUAUGCUAAGUAAACUUCACUAGACGGAAAAUAUACUAUAUUUGGAAAACUUAUUGAUGGGUUUGAUACCUUAGAGAAAUUGGAGCAUGAAGCAGUAGGCAAGAAUAAUAGACCUUUGAAUGAUAUUAAGAUUGAAGAUAUCACUAUACAUGCUAAUCCUAUUGCUGAUUAAGAUUUUGAAGAGUAAAAUGAGUAAAAUGAAGAAGCAUUAGCUAAAUAAGAGUGA